CCUGCCAUUCCCGACUUUGGAGCAGCGGAGCCUUGUAGGGGGUUUCGCAGCCGAUCUCGUCUCGGGGCCCGUUUAUAACCCGUUCGGUGUCGUGUCGCAGGUGCAGAUGGUGGCUGACAGUCGCUAUGGAGAGCAUAGAUACAGCAAUGGCUUGCAAACGACGAGAUCCAUCCUCGCAGAGCAGGGAUGGCGAGCGUUGUUUCGUGGAACUUUGUUAACUGUGAUUUUGGCCCCUCUUACUGGAGCUUGGUGGCUCGUUUACGAGCUACUAAAACAUCGAGCCUAUAACGUCGUUGCGUGUGCAUCGCCGUCGCUCGUUUUCAUAAUUCCUCCUGAAGUGCGGCGAAGAAUCCCCGAGUGCUGCACCUCCACAACGGACAACCUUCUCGUCAACUGUAGUGUGGGUGCCACAGCCAGCAUGGUGAUCAGUCUCUUGCUGAACCCUUUCUAUGUUCUGAGACUCAGGCUGCAGGUGGACAAAAACAUAGGAUACGCACGUUUCCCCUCGUUUGUUAUAAUGAAGAGUGUUCUGCGACGGGAGGGGAUUCAGGCAUUUUUUAAAGGCCUUCAUACAAACCUCUUUAUGGCAGCGGUGGGCGGUUGUGCGUUCGGGAUGACAUAUGAAGGAGCAAAGCAGUUCUCCGAUAUCACAUAG